ACACCUUCAGACAGAGACAGACAAGAGACCUGUGGUCUGUCCGCCAGCAGCACCGCACRCUUUUACAACUUCCUGUUUCCUGAUGAAUCUGCUUAAUGAGCUGAAGGUGAGGGGGCGGCGCCCUGUGCUCCAGUCAUGACCUCUGGGAAUGGGACCACCAUCAGCAGCCAACACAAUGGAGAGCGUAACCCCGCCCAGCAGGCCGUAGACACGCCCCACAUCCUCACACACCUGAUCGAAGGCUUCGUUAUCCAGGAAGGAGCCGAACCCUUUCCUGUGGAGCGUCCGUCUUUCUCCAUCGAGUCUCUCAGGAGACGGACGGCAGACUCAAAGGUGGACGUCCUCGCACUGAAGGGUCUGAAGGCUCAGCAGGAGCCCACCCUCACCUGCGAACUCUGCGGGAAGGUGGACUUCGCCUACAUCUUCAAAAGGUCCAAGAGGUUCUGUUCUACACUUUGUGCCAAACGAUACAACGUGGGCUGCACCAAGAGGAUGGGUCUCUUCCCGAACCGUAAAACCAUCCUGGAGAACCUGAAGAAGCACCGAGUCCUGAACGGGAACCACAAGACCACCAGCCUGGAGUCCAAAAAGAAGAAACCUCCUCCUCCCCCGGCGGCGGCGCCCCCUGCUGGCCACUCGGUGCACCCGGCACACGGAGAGUCCAGUCAGUGCUCAGACCUGUCCCCGUGGUUCCAGAGUCAGGACUCGGACCUGGCCCUGCCGCCCCACAGCUUCCUGCCCAGCGACCCGGCUGGGUGGGACAUCGAGGACGUGUACGAGUUCAUCUCCUCGCUGCCAGGCUGUCUGGACAUCGCCGAGGAGUUCCGCUCGCAGGAGAUCGACGGCCAGGCGCUGCUGCUGCUGAAGGAGGACCACCUCAUGGGGACCAUGAACAUCAAGCUGGGCCCGGCCCUCAAGAUCUUCGCUCAGAUCAGCGUGCUGAAAACCCUGUAGCUGACCCGGACACCUCUCAGACCCGGUCCCGGUUCAGACGAGACACGCUCAGGAUGUCACGACCCGCUGACCUCACCUCAACACUCUGGAAACGAUCCGGUCCAGGUUCGGAGGGAAACCACGUGUUUGUAGAAGACGUGUAGCUUUUAUAGUUCCUCACUGCGUCACCGGACCCCAGGUUUUCUCCUGGUUCCAGGUCCAGGACUUCAGAACUGCUUUAUCAAAUCAUUACACUGAGUCCAGGAACAGAACCGAACCAUGUCAGAACCAAUCAGGUCAGUCCAGACCGGGCCCAGGAACAGAACCGAACCACAAAAAUAGUUUCUAAAUUAUAAAAAAAAAACAAUUUAAAUUAUUUUUCAACAUUUCAAACUUGAGAAAAGUAAAGCAUCAGUUUCAUCUGAAGUCCUGGACCGGUUCUGUUCUGGACCACAAACCUGAGAGAAAACCUUGGGUCCUGACAGGAAAUGUUUUAGUCAGAACCACUGCUGAAAGUCCGAUCACACAAAACCAGAACCGCUCUGCACCAGGACCACUGGGAUUUACUUGAACAGAACCACUGAAUGGACGUUUCCCGGGCUUUCUGUAACUGUUGAGUCUCCCUGCAGCUCUGGGUCAGCCCAGCUCAAUCAGCUGCUGGGUUUUUGGGCGAUCAUGUAGAGUUUAUGCACACAGGAAGUGACGUCGUCCAGGUGAGCGUUUGUUCUGUUGAAACUCUGACCAAAGCCCAGUAGAACCAGAACCGCUCUGCUCACACCUUCAUUUGUACAUUUCUGUUCUUUAAGAUGUUUCWUUUUUACACAAAGUUUUAAUAAAAGUUUUAGAUGAAAUUCUUUAA